AUGAAAAGUUUGAAAAUUGUUCUAUCCGAAUGGAGUAGGAAUACUUUUGGAGACUUGUUCAAACUGUUGAAUAUUACAGAGGAUAGAGUCGGGAUUAAGGAGCAGUUAUUUGAGGUGGAGCCUUCUGAAGCAUAUAGAAUGGUAUUACAAAGGGCAUACACAAAAUUUAAAAAGUACCUUCAUGUUGAGGAGUUUUGGAGACAAAAUGCUGGAAAAACGUGGCAAUCACAAGGAGAUAGAAAUACUAGAUACUUUCAUAGUCGUGCGAAGCGAAGACGGAAGAGACUCCAACUCACGAGAAUUCAGAAUGCAGAAGGAGAGUGGUUGCAAAACAUUAAUCAUAUUGCUUCUGAAGCUAUUGAUUUUUAUCAGAGUAUAUUCUAUCAAAAGUGCUGGGAUAUAGUGGGAGCAGAUAUGAGACCAAUCAGGCUCAGCAACUUUAUCAACAAGGUCAUCUCUAGAGUUAUACAUGAUAAGUUGGAAUUUAUUUUACCUUCAUUGAUAUCUUCAAACCCGUCUAGCUUUAUAAAAGGUAGAAACAUUAUUGAGAAUGUGUUGCUUACACAAGAACUUGUAGCUGACACUAGAAAGAGAGGGAAACCAGGCAAUGUGAUUAUCAAACUUGACAUUACAAAGGCAUAUGAUAGAGUAUCUUUGACGUAUCUUGCUCAAGUAAUAAAGAAAAUGGGGUUUGUUGAAGUACAUGUUGAUAUGGUUUGGAGACUAAUAGCCAACAAUUGGUAUUCUAUACUAAUUAAUGGACAAUCUCAUGGCAUUUUUCACUCUACAAGAGGGAUCAAAAAAGGUGAUCCUCUAUCACCAGCAUUGUUCAUUUUGGCCGUUGAGGUUUUGUCCACAACUCUUAAUUCAUUGUUUGAUAAUGGGGUGCUGCAUGAAUAUGAGAGUGUUUCAGGUCAGAAAAUUAAUGCAUAUAAUAUCUCUUUCUAUAUGCAUACUAAGGUGGCAAAUGAGUUAAGUCAGGAGGUACAAUAUAAUAUAAUCACUUUCAAGAAGUUCCAGCUUAUGGAAGAAGAUUAA